AUUUAAGAAUAAACUUCACAAAAGUUUUUAGACUAUUGUAAGCGAUAAUGAAUUCAACAAAAGUGUCAAUACUUUUGUUUAUCAUUGGUUUGGUUGCGAAUGAAGCGAUCGGUUACGAAGUGAACGGCUUUUGCGGUCGACCAGAAAAGCCGUUUCAAUCGCGACUAAAACCAGAUAAGGCCCGGUAUGCUGAGGGAGAGGUCGUAACCUUCCAGUGCGACCAAUACUGGAAUUACUUGCAAACAAAACAGUGUGUUAGAGGCGAAUGGAUUGGUGAUCAGUUUAGAUGCGGCAAAGCCAUUGCUGACAACGACUUGAAUUACGUGAGAGUGGAGGACAUCACCGAAGAGACACCAAAUGUGUUGUUUGACACCAAUAUAACCCUCACUCCGGACUACAAGUUUGCCAACUCUUUCCUGUCGAGUCGAUGUGACACUAAGUUUGAGGUGACAACCGAUCGCCGCAUCCGUUGGACACUCGGACUCCAACGACCCGUCUCUCUGCCAUUCUUUCGCAUUAACUUUCAUUUGCUGAACGUAUCGGUCGAUGAGUCGCUGCAAAUCAAUUUAACGGCCGACGCCCGGGUCAGUCCCUACAGAACCUGUCGCCAUGUGUUCAGGGAUUUAAAGAGGUUGUGGAGAUUUGGCACCAAAGUUGAGCUCAACUUUGAGUGCGACGCCAACUCUGUGGGCGAUGCCGUGGAGGACGAGAAGAGUCCGACAAAUGAGAUCAUAAUCGAGACCCAGAGCUCCAAAGAGAUCGCCUAUAAGCUAAUAAUGGUGCUCUUGGCUCAGGGAUACGAUAUCGGCGAUGAUAGGCAAGCAGUUUGUGGCGAACCGGAGGAGCAUUACGGACUCGAUAUGCGGAUCCUGUGGCCAAAUAUAAACUAUUCAAUUCAGUGUUCAGGGGACUGGGAGUACGUGUCCUACACUAAUCCAGAUUUACCAGACACAACCAUCCAUAAGAGGCAAUGUGUUUAUGACAUGCGAUGGAACGGCACAUACCCUUCAUGUGUACCCAAAACGGUUUGUCCCAUACCUGAAGAGGAGAACAACCAAAUUAAUCCUGAAUUCAAAACCGUUCGCUUCAAUGAUGUCUUUUACUUCAAUCAAACCAAAUGGUAUGCCAUCGAUGGCACGACCGUUGAGUACCAGUGCAAUAGUGCCCUAACUCAGGUCCUGUUAGGCGAUGCCAUACAUGUGUGCAAAAAUGGUCAAUGGGUGGGCACUGAACCCAAUUGCUUCGAUUUGUCUGAAUUGAAAGUCAGAAAAGUGAAGAAUAGGGCUUCAGAUGAGUCUUCAAACGGAUUGUCUGAAAACUAGUUUUUUGUGACAUAUUAUUCAAA